GCUGUUGACUUCGCACAUCCCUGUACGAGAAAACGUGCUCUAAUGCGAAUUCAACGGGCACAGUCUUCCAUCACGGCCGCCAGUAGUGGCUGAUCUACUAUUGAUCGGCUUUGGGUCUCCAUCAGAAGCGGCAGAUGGACCGCAAACCUAUGAUGAAGUUACGGCCAACAAGAAUUCACAGCUUAACCGACUGUUGGAGCAAUUUCUUGAGUACGAAGCAAGCCUUUCGAUGUCAGACUACGUUAAACGGUUCUAUCAAAUUCGACUUGAACAAGAAGCGUUUCGAUGUGACGCUGAAUUCGCAGCCAGGUGCGCCUCUGAAAACGUCCACGUAAUGCGCAAUCGCUACAGGGACAUACUUCCUUACGAUAGAAAUCGUGUCGUGCUAGAGAAAACUGACGAGAAUCCAAAUGGAUACAUUAACGCAUCAUUUAUUAACCUUCCACGAGGACAAAUGCGUUUCAUCGCUGCUCAGGCACCGCUCGCUUCUACUUUAGAAGAAUGGUGGAAGAUGAUUGACGAACAAAGGGUCGAUCUAAUUGUUAUGCUGUGUAAACUGGUUGAAAUGAACAAGGUGAAAUGUGAGCGGUAUUGGCCGUCAGAAGUCGGGAAAAGCCUUCUUUUUGGGUGUUAUGAGGUCACGUUAGAGACGGAAGAAAGUUUCGGUGAUGAUGAUUAUCUAUUGCGACGCCUUCGUAUGACAAAUCAGCGAAACGGUGAUUCUAAAAUCGUUCAUCAGUUGCAUUACAUGGAAUGGCCAGAUCAUGGAUGUCCUUCUGGUGAAAAACAACUUAUCAAUAUGAUUGAAAAAAUGGCAGAACUUCAGGGACAAUGUGAUACUCCAGUCCUUGUGCACUGCAGUGCUGGUGUUGGCCGUACGGGGACGAUUAUAUCUGUUAACUACAUAAGGGAACUUAUCGGUUCUAAAGAGUUGGACUCUCUGGAUAUUUUCGAUCUCGUUAUGAGGUUGAGGAAGCAGAGAGGAAGUAUGGUACAAACACAGGAUCAAUACCAGUUCGUUCACAAAUGUGUUGCGUACUAUUGUAGGAAGCAGUUAGGUGUCCAGCAACCAGAACCUCCGAGUGCUCCGUCUUUGGUAAGGAUAACUUAUAUGAACAUAUACGGGCCUGUCUUGAAAUUGUUAUCUAUAACUAUUGCAUCGAAUAUUCUACAUGCAGAUUUUCCACACGAGCCGCCUGCACCGCGUGGACCGGAGGAGCUUGGCAGCGCGGCGACUUAA